ACUCAUCUCUGCCCCCUGCUCCCUUCUCCUCAUUCCAUCAUGGCCUCUCCCUCUGCACUGACCCCUCUGCCUCUGUUCUAGAUCCCCCGCCGGCCCCCACGCUCUCUCAGGACCCCAGGUACACAGUGUAUCUCCCAGGGGAGCGGGUCACCCUCACGUGCUCGGCUCCUGGGCGUGAGCUGGCUUCGGGAUACAGAUUCUUCUAUCAAAAAAAGCAACGGGGCUCCCACAUAGUCCGAGAAUCAAAUACAAGACACUGUCUGGAGCUCACAGCUCAGAAGGGAAAUGCUGGGACAUACACCUGUGCGUACUGGAGGUGGGAAUCCAAUCGAGAGAUCUCGUCUAUGAACAGCAGCUCCAUCUCCAUCACAGUGACAGACCCCGACCUGGCUCCCCAGCUCUCCGUGUCCCCGCAGCAGCCUGUCUACAUAACUGGAGAAGCUGUGACCUUGACGUGCUCAGCUGCCAGGGCGUCCACUGUGUCCGGGGUCCGUUUCUUCAGAGACCACCAGAAAAUCCACUCCAAGGAACUCCCCUCACCCCGGUACAGUUACAUUGAGUCUUUUCGACUGUCAGGGGGGUCUGGAUUGCAAGCCGGAGUGUACAGCUGUGAAUCCUGGAAGACAGUGUCUGGGCGAGAAAUCCCAUCGGUGAGGAGCCAGCCCAUCUCCAUAGCACUGACAGAUCCCCCUCCACAGCCAGUGCUGGAGCUGGAUCCCCCUUCUGGAGCAGUGAGUGAAGGGCUUCCCCUGCUCAUCACCUGUGCAGUCUCCAGAGAUGCCAGCGAGGGGAGAUUUCACUUCUACAAGGACAGAGUCGAGAUCAUCCCUGGGGACAUGGGGUCUGAGAUCAGCACCACAGAGCCUGGCACCGGCUCAAUGAAUGUCUCUGUGCUCAGCAUCCCACAGGCCGGUCCCAACAACACCGGGGAAUUCACCUGUGGGUACGAGGAGAAUGUGGGCGGGAGGUGGAUCCCAUCCCCCAGGAGCUGGGCUGUGAACGUCACUGUGAAUGUCACCGGGACAGCUCCCAGCUUCCUCUGGGUCCAGGAGCUGGUGGUGGGUGGCUCCUUCUUCCUCAUCAAUGGCCUCAUCUUCCUCGUCUCCCACUGCUGCUUCUAGAUCCAGGUAACUGGUGUGUUCUGUGAAAGGGGCCCUUCAUUCUCUGCCUUGCAUUCUCUCCACAAAGUGACUGAUUUGGACUGCAAUCACUCCUCUUGAAUUUCAGCCUGGGGGGAGGGAGGUUCUGGUGGAAAGUCCAAGAGUGAGAUCUGAGAAACCUCCACAGGAUCUGAAAGGCCUUUAGGCACCAUGAACGCUUUAGCAACCAACUAAAAUACAGCUGUGUCUGGGGUGGGGCAUGGCCACUGUUUCACAGCUGCACAACCCUUGUGCACAGAGUUUGCUUGCUCGGUGUUAACCUAGGAAUCCCUGUAUUCUCAUCCUACAC